AUGUCUAGCUCGCCUGGCUCUGGUGCUGGCUCCGAACCGCCUCCCACUGAAACUUCGGAAAUGCAACUAGAAAUACAAUUGACCUCACAUGCAAUCCUAUCCAUCAAUGCUGGGGAUGACGUACCAUCUCCAAUCCUUCAGCUUUUGUCUUUUGAAAAAUUGACAGACAAUGAAGAUGACAGUUCUCGAUAUAGGAUUGUUUUGUCUGAUGACACGCACAUGCAACUGUCGAUCCUCCCGCCAAAGUAUAGUGACCUGUUGCUAUCUGAUACGUUAAAGAUAGGUUAUGUGCUAUCAUUGGCAUCUUAUGCUUGUAGAAAUGUUUGGAACACAAGGGUUAUCAUAAUAUUCAACCUUGCUGUCAAAUUUACAUCUAAACGUUCCCUUAAAUUUGGAAUACACAUGCCACCUAUGCAAUGCAAAACCUUUGAUAAUAUCAGCCCGAUAAAAGCCUUGAACCCCUUUCAAAAUAAAUGGUCAAUAAAAGGCUGUGUCACAAACAAGAGGAAGAUGCAUCACUAUAGUUCACCAAAAUCCUUUGGGCAAGUAUCUAGCUUUGACAUGAUAGAUGUUGAAGGUACCAAAAUAAGAAUUACUUGCUUUGGUGAUAUAGUAGAGAUGCAUUAUCAUAGGGUUGAAGUAGGAGCAUAUUAUUGUCUGUCAAAAGGUACUAUUAGGGAGGCCAAGACAAAAUGGAAUAAACUUAACAGUCAUAUUGAGAUUACUUUGGACCAUAAUUCAAUAUUAAAGCAUUGUGAUGCAACUGUUGAUGGUGAAGUAAAUGCUUCACGGUUUACCCCAAUCAAUGACAUCACGUAUUGCAACAACAACACUUUGGUUGAUGUUAUUGGUGUUGUGGUUCAUGUUGGAGAACCGUCAAUAAUUUGUAGAAAAGAUGGAACCACAGUAAAAAAGAGGAGUGUCAAAAUAAAUGACAUGUCAAGUUUUAGUAUCGAUGUUAACUUAUGGGGGGCUGCAUGGGAAGGGUUAGGUGAAGAUUUGAAGAAUAUGCAUGCAACCCAAACAGUUGUGGUCCUUGCGGUCAACAAUUCUCAUGUUGGUUAUUUCAAUGGAAAGGUGAUCAACACCACUGUGGCAACCACUUUGAAUAUAAACCCUUCUACCCCGGAAGCAGAUUCCCUUGUAUCGAGAGGAAACAUUCCAGCUGACCUUUUGCCAUUGUCUUGUGUUGUUGGGCAGCUUAACUCACCAUACAGUAGAAUAACAAUUGCAUCCAUUUUAGAACGUAUGAUUGUUCUCUCUGAAACAGUUGAAACUACUAUUAGAGCUAUUAUCAAGCUUCAAGACCAUACGGGCUCUCUUUGGGCUACUGCCUUUGAUAAAAUUGGCAUAAAUCUGUUGAACAUAUCUGCCAAGGACCUUUACAUGUUGCAGUAUGAUUUUACUACAAUAAGGCUCAAAGCAACAAUCAACAAAGCAAUGCAUGUUGAUUUCCAGGCCGAAUGUGCUCUUUUGCUUGUAGACAUUGCUCAGAUGAGUGCAGCUGCAGAAAUCCAGACCAAUUAG